CGGAAAGGGAAGCAAACACAGUCAGCUGACUUGGCUUUGUGUUGAUGAGUAGUUUUUAACAGUUUUAAGGCCGUUUUUUUUGUGGCGAUUUCAUAUUUGACAGUAUUUUGUUUUAUCACCGAUAAGUUAAAAGGUAAACAUGUUACGACCGAAGGCGUUAACGCAGGUCCUCAGCCAGGCGAACACAAACGGAGUCCAGAGCACACUCUUAUUGAACAACGAAGGUUCCCUCCUGGCGUACUCUGGCUACGGAGACACAGACGCUCGAGUGACAGCCGCCAUCGCCAGCAACAUUUGGGCGGCAUACGACAAGAACGGCCACCAAGCCUUUAACGAAGACAAACUCAAAUUCAUACUCAUGGAUUGUAUGGAAGGAAGAGUGGCCAUUACCCGUGUAGCAAACCUCCUCCUGUGCAUGUACGCCAAAGAGACAGUCGGCUUUGGAAUGCUUAAAGCCAAGGCGGAGGCCCUUGUGCAGUACCUGGAGGAGCCAUUAACUCAGGUAGCAGCAUCAUAGUGAAGACGUGUCUGUCCCUUCUGUCUGCCUGGAGAGGGGGAAAACAGCUUCAUAUGAUCCAGGUUAUUCAUGGACUACUGUAACAUUCUGUGUACAUGCAUAUAUAUCUACGAGUGUGUGAGUGAACGUGUGUGUGGGGUGAGGGAGGCAAGGGUUGAACAGUGUAUUUAUAACCAUGGUAUUAAUCUAAAAGCUUGUAUUGGUUUUAAAUAUUGGCCCGCUGCUUUGACUCAGCGUCUGAUGGUCCGUUCUGAAAGUCCACAUAGUUUUUCAGGAGGAACUCUGGGUGUGAAAAUGUGAAAAUGACUCCACAUUUUCUGCAGGGUCCUAGCUGAUUUACUCAUUUGCAGUUUACGCUCAGGCGCGUCGAUCACAGCGAGGCAGAAAAUGGAACAUUUUGAAACCCACCAGAGGGCCUACAUGCAAAUGAUAAAAACAUUUGUGGAAUUCUUUAUUAAAAAAUGUUCUUGCUGAUGCAAUGCAGUGUGGAUUAUUUUCUAUAUGUUGUGUCAAAGUUGUCAAAUAAAUAAAAAAUGGAAUCAAUAUUCAAA